GUAUGUGUUUGUUUUAGCACUUCAAAUGUUUACAUAGGGGAGAUAUGGAUAAGUGAAUAUUUUAGUUGGAAAAUGCGUGAUCUUGCUUAUUAUAAAUUCAAAUUCAUCUCUCUAUGCAUUCAGUGUCGCCUAAACUGUGAAUCGUGGUAGAAAUCACUCGUGCAAGUGUCAUAACUUUGAAAUUUGGAAAUUUAAAAACAAAAUGUCUUUCCUGGAAAAGCGGAAUAGUGUAUUAAACACACGAAAUUUCAUUCUUCGUGGGAUUUGUGCCAUUUAUUUGAUAGCCUUUCUAUCAUUUUAUCACCAAAGUGAAGGUCUCUUUGGUGAUAAUGGCAUCCUUCCGGCUAGGAUUCAUGUCAGCAAUACUGCAAAAUUGACGGCAAUGCAGAAGCGUCCAUCGAUGUUGCACUUUGCUUAUUACUUGGGCAUCGAUACGGCUUCAAUGGUGGACUUUCUGGCUCUUGCUGGGAUUCUCAUUUCCUUCGUUGGUUUCAUUUCUCAGUCUUUCUGCCUUUUGUCUACUUUUGGUGCCCUCUGGGCUCUCUAUUAUUCCCUCACUCAAGUCACUCAGGCCUUCACCAAUCAGGCCGACUUGCUGCUCCUCGAGGCAGGGGCUUUAUGCCUUCUGCUAGCUCCAACGAGUAACACUCGCAAGGAGACUCCAACUGAUCGCAUUGGAUUGCUGAUGAUCCGUUGGCUUCUGUUUCGCUUCAUGUUUGUGUCCGGCGGAGUGAAGUUAGCCACUUCCUGUCCCUACUGGUGGAGUCUACAGGGAUUAGAGCAUCACUUCGAGACUCUUCCUCUGCCUACGCCACUUUCCUGGUACGCUUUCCACUUGCCGUCGCACUACAAUCAACUUGGCAUGGUGUUUACCAAUCUUAGUGAACUCCUGAUCCCCUGGCUCUUCCUGUCGCCUCUGCUCUCGAUGCGUACUGUUGCUUUCUAUUGGCAAAUGUACUUGCAGUUCCACAUCAUCAUCACUGGCAACUAUGGCUUCCUCAAUUUCCUCGUUGUUGUUUUACUAUUUGCACUCCUGGAUGAUACGCAUUUCCUCAAGCGCCAAGAGUCCUCCACAAAGCAUAAGCUGUCAUUGGUGUUUAAAGCCAUCAUGUUCUGUGCCAUUGCCUACGCUGGAUACUACCUCUAUGGCAUUGGAUUCAAGAAUGGACAGUUCACGUUCAAACUGAGGUUCAAGAAGGCUGAUUACGAACACUUCUUCUCGAAUGCUCUGAAAAUCUCACCCCUGUUGCCGUUGAUUGGAGUUAUUGUGACCUUCAUGAAUGAGAUGAUGAGCCAUCCGUCAAUCAGACGAGCUAAUUCUCUCCUUGGGAAGUUCAUAACAAUCCUCACGACAUCCUUCUUCCUCGUGUGCUGCAUCGGGCUCAUUGGUAUGUCAACAGUGCCCCAUCGCAAUGCCCAUCGCGAAUCCAACAUCACACAGACAGAGAUUGGCCACAUGUACAACAAAUUCCGCCAUCUGAAUCUAGUCAAUGAGUAUGGGCAGCAUCUGCGGGAAAUGCGUCCGAUUCGUCGGGAAAUCAUCCUUGAGUAUUCGGACAAUAUCGAAGGUCCAUGGCAUGAGUAUGAGUUUCAGUAUAAACCCGCCAAUGCCAACUACUCCCUUCCAAUGGCUGGUCCCUAUCUGCCUCGACUGGACUUUGAGCUGUACGAUGCGGCUGGGAAGACGUACGAUCGUGUCCCAUGGAUCCAUUCACUGGCCUUCAGGCUACUCAACAACGAGGUGAGUGUAUUGAAUCUCCUGAGCAGCAGGAAUCACCUAAGGCAACCGCCAAAGUUUGUUCGGGGAGUUCUCUAUGAAUUCCAAUAUACUUCCUGGGCGGAGCGCAACAAUAUGGCCUACUGGAUACGGCAACGUGUCCAAGAGUACUUUCCACCCUACUCCCUCGAUCAUGCACCCCUGCAGGCCCAUCUAAAGGCCCUCAAAAUCCCGCUCAAAUACAAAAUUCCUCCUGUGACAAAUACCUUCCUGAAAAACAUCCUGAUCUUCAUUCGCCAGCAGGCAUCCCUAAUCGAGGGCAGCUUCUUUGUGUUCACUUUCCUGGCUCUUGGCUUUCUGGCCAUUGCCACAACUCGACGCAAUUAAAUUUUAUUCUUUUUUUCUUUUUCUUGCACGCGUUUUUUUUAAACCUUCCAAACACUAUUUUUUAUGUUGUGAAAAAACAAUUUUGGCGCAUUUUAUUUUCUUAUAAAACAUAUUUAAAAAAAAACCAUCAGAGAAAGUAAAAAAAAAUGUACAAUACUCAAAUAAUUGGCAAUAUAAAUGUGAUUUUCUUGCACAAAAA